GACACACCCUCAAGAUGGUCAACAUCGGCCAUAUUUUCCUGCUAAUGCAGGUUUUGGUCAUAGCGGCAGGUGUGAUGGCUAUUAACGAUGAUGACGAUGAUUCAAUCAAUGAUAUUACUGAAUUGGAUGGAUCUCUUAGCCGUUUUAUUAGGGAUACAUCAGCUCAAAAUAUUGCGAAAAUCGAUGUGAAAUGCGAUCAAGCGAAUGGCAUGAUAGUUGAAGUUGAAUUCAAUGAAAUAUUCAAUGGAGUCAUUUACAGUCAGGGCUAUUUUAGUGAUCCCAAAUGCAACUAUGUAAAGGCCAACAGCAAUGAACGUACAUUCAUCUUUAAUGUUCCUUUCGAUGGCUGUGGCAGCAAGCCAUCUUGUUCCCUGUGCGCUUCUGUUGAUAAUAUUCUAAUUAUUCAGAAUGAUGAGGACGUUCAGGAGAGUUGGGAUAUAGCCCGUAAGAUAUCGUGCAGUCGCGGCGAUGAGCAGGAGAAAACCGUUUACUUUAAGCCCUUCGUUGUGGACAUGCUGGAAGUUGUCUCUGUGGAUACGCCAAGUGGUCCGGUUGAGUGUUGGAUGGAAAUCGGUACAGGAAUACCGCCAAAUAUUAAGCCCAUAAACUAUACCCUGAAACUGGGCACCGAUAUAACCUUUACCAUCAAUGUGAAACAUUUAACACAGACUUGGGAUGUGAAUAUCCUUCAGUGCUAUGCCUCUGAUAAUACCGAUUUCGAUGGACGCAACACCAAGAGGCUUAAGCUCUCCGAUAAGAGAGGCUGUUCAUUGAAACCAAAAAUAUUCGGAGAAUGGAAAAAAUUGGAAUUAUCUUCGAAUGGUGGACAGACCUCAACAUUUUAUAACACGCUCAAGGCAUUUAAGUUCCCAGACCGCUCUCAGGUUUAUCUAAAAUGCGAUAUUGAAUUAUGUAAUGGCAGUUGUGAGCGGGACUACACCUGUGGUGAUUUGAUCGAUGACCCAUGUCCUCCUGGCUCCAAUAAUGUCAAUUGCGGUAAAACUGAUCUCACAACAACCCGGCCGCGAACGACUAGUAGGGUCCCCAUAACAUCACCAAGACCAAGGUGUUAUCCAGGAUCCACUGAUCCCCGUUGUCCUCAAGAAUCAAGAACUACUCUCAAACCAAGAUGCUAUCCUGGUUCAACCGACCCAGAAUGCGCCACAUAUCUUCCAUCAACCACAAGACUACCGGUAACUAAACCAAGAUGUUACCCUGGUUCCACAGACCCAGAUUGUCAAAUUCUUAUUAAGACAACUCAACCUCCAUUGAAUUCUUGUCGCCCUGGUUCCACUGAUCCAGAGUGUCUUAACUGUAACCCUGGUUCCCCAGAUCCAAGAUGUCCUCAAGUGAGAACUACUCCAAAACCAGGUUGUUUUGAGGGGUCAAAUGAUCCGAAAUGUCAAAAGCCAACGUACUUGCCACCAACUACGCGGACUACUACUACAAGAAUUCCCGUAACUACCACGAGGCCAAGGUGUUAUCCCGGGUCAACAGAUUCUCGAUGUCCACAAGAACCUAGAACUACUCCAAAGCCAAGAUGUUAUCCUGGUUCAGACGAUCCAGAGUGCGAACCUAAAACAAAUCCCCCUCCAACAACUCGGCCACCUGUAACUACUGCCAACCCAAGGUGCUAUCCAGGAUCAACAGAUCCCCGCUGUCCACAAACGCCCAGAACUACAUCUAAACCAAGGUGUUAUCCUGGAUCAAGUGAUCCUGAGUGCGUUCCAGCUACAUAUUUACCACCAACCACCAGGAUUCCCGCUACCACGCCAAAACCAAGAUGCUAUCCGGGAUCUACAGAUCCUCGUUGUCCUCAGGAAUCAAGAACAACUCCUAAACCAAGAUGCUACCCUGGUUCAAGCGACCCGGAAUGCGAAUAUACUACGAAUUCACCACCAACAACAAGGCCCCCGAUAACGACUAGACAGCCAAGAUGUUAUCCGGGAUCUACAGAUCCAAGGUGUCCUCAAACGGUUAAAACCACACCCAAGCCCAAAUGUUAUCCGGGUUCAACCGACCCCGAUUGUCAGCCAAUAAGAAAGACAACAAAACCGCCUUUGACAAACUGCCGGCCGGGUUCGACCGAUCCGGAUUGCCUCAAUUGCUUCCCUGGUUCUCCGGAUCCAAGAUGUCCCAAAGUUCCAACUACUCGGAAAUCUGGAUGUUUUGAUGGCUCAGAUGAUCCAAAAUGUCAACCAGCUACAUACUUGCCGCCAACAUCGCGGACUCCUACUACAAGAAUUCCCGUAACAACAUCAAAGCCAAGGUGCUAUCCUGGCUCAACCGAUCCACGAUGCCCACAGGAACCAAGAACUACUCCAAAACCGAAUUGCUACCCAGGAUCGACAGAUCCCCGUUGUCCACAAGAACCUAAAACGACUCCAAAACCCAAUUGCUAUCCUGGAUCCACAGACCCCCGAUGCCCGCAGGAACCUCGGACAACUCCAAAACCGAGUUGCUACCCAGGAUCCACAGAUCCUCGUUGCCCACAGGAGCCUAAAACCACUCAAACACCAAGAUGUUAUCCUGGUUCAGACGAUCCUGAGUGCGAACCUAAAACAAAUCCCCCUCCAACAACUAGGCCACCUGUAACUACUGCCAAACCAAGGUGCUAUCCAGGGUCAACAGAUCCCCGCUGUCCACAAACGCCCAGAACUACAUCUAAACCAAGGUGUUAUCCUGGAUCAAGUGAUCCUGAGUGCGUUCCAGCUACAUAUUUACCACCAACCACUAGGACUCCUGCUACCACGCCAAAACCCAGAUGUAAUCCCGGAUCUACAGAUCCGCGUUGUCCUCAGGAUUCAAGAACAACUCCUAAGCCAAGAUGCUACCCUGGUUCAAGCGACCCGGAAUGCGAAUAUACUACGAAUUCCCCACCAACAACAAGGCCAUCGAUAACUACUAGACAGCCAAGAUGUUAUCCGGGAUCCACAGAUCCAAGGUGUCCUCAAACGGUUAAAACCACACCCAAGCCUAGAUGUUAUCCUGGAUCCACCGACCCCGAUUGUCAGCCAAUAAGAAAGACAACCAAACCGCCUUUGACAAACUGCCGGCCUGGUUCGACCGAUCCGGAUUGCCUCAACUGCUUCCCUGGUUCUCCGGAUCCAAGAUGUCCCAAAGUUCCAACUACUCGGAAAUCUGGAUGUUUUGAUGGCUCAGAUGAUCCAAAAUGUCAACCAGCUACAUACUUGCCGCCAACAUCGCGGACUCCUACUACAAGAAUUCCCGUAACAACAUCGAAGCCAAGGUGCUAUCCUCGCUCAACCGAUCCACGAUGCCCACAGGAACCAAGAACUACUCCAAAACCGAAUUGCUACCCAGGAUCGACGGAUCCCCGUUGUCCACAAGAACCUAAAACGACUCCAAAACCCAAUUGCUAUCCUGGAUCCACAGACCCCCGAUGCCCGCAGGAACCUCGGACAACUCCAAAACCGAGUUGCUACCCAGGAUCCACAGAUCCUCGUUGCCCACAGGAGCCUAAAACCACUCAAACACCAAGAUGUUAUCCUGGUUCAGACGAUCCUGAGUGCGAACCUAAAACAAAUCCCCCUCCAACAACUAGGCCACCUGUAACUACUGCCAAACCAAGGUGCUAUCCAGGGUCAACAGAUCCCCGCUGUCCACAAACGCCCAGAACUACAUCUAAACCAAGGUGUUAUCCUGGAUCAAGUGAUCCUGAGUGCGUUCCAGCUACAUAUUUACCACCAACCACUAGGACUCCUGCUACCACGCCAAAACCCAGAUGUAAUCCCGGAUCUACAGAUCCGCGUUGUCCUCAGGAUUCAAGAACAACUCCUAAGCCAAGAUGCUACCCUGGUUCAAGCGACCCGGAAUGCGAAUAUACUACGAAUUCCCCACCAACAACAAGGCCAUCGAUAACUACUAGACAGCCAAGAUGUUAUCCGGGAUCCACAGAUCCAAGGUGUCCUCAAACGGUUAAAACCACACCCAAGCCUAGAUGUUAUCCUGGAUCCACCGACCCCGAUUGUCAGCCAAUAAGAAAGACAACCAAACCGCCUUUGACAAACUGCCGGCCUGGUUCGACCGAUCCGGAUUGCCUCAACUGCUUCCCUGGUUCUCCGGAUCCAAGAUGUCCCAAAGUUCCAACUACUCGGAAAUCUGGAUGUUUUGAUGGCUCAGAUGAUCCAAAAUGUCAACCAGCUACAUACUUGCCCCCAACAUCGCGGACUCCUACUACAAGAAUUCCCGUGACAACAUCGAAGCCAAGGUGCUAUCCUGGCUCAACCGAUCCACGAUGCCCACAGGAACCAAGAACUACUCCAAAAGCGAAUUGCUACCCAGGAUCCACAGAUCCCCGUUGUCCACAAGAACCUAAAACGACUCCAAAGCCCAAUUGCUAUCCUGGAUCCACAGACCCCCGAUGCCCGCAGGAACCUCUGACAACUCCAAAGCCCAAUUGCUACCCAGGAUCCACAGAUCCUCGUUGCCCACAGCAGCCAAAAACGACUCCAAAGCCCAAUUGCUAUCCUGGAUCCACAGACCCCCGAUGCCCGCAGGAACCUCGGACAAGUCCAAAACCGAGUUGCUACCCAGGAUCCACAGACCCUCGUUGCCCACAGGAGCCUAAAACCACACAAAAACCAAGAUGUUAUCCAGGUGCAAAAGAUCCUGAAUGCGUACCUGCUACAUACCUCCCACCAACUACCAGGACACCAGUAACUACUUCAAGGCCCAAUUGUUAUCCGGGGUCAACUGAUCCUCGUUGCCCACAGACGCCUAGAACUACACUCAAGCCUAGAUGUUAUCCUGGAUCGAAUGAUCCUGAGUGUGAACCAACCACAUACCUCCCACCAACCACAAGGAUUCCAAUAACGACACCUAAAGCCAAUUGCUAUCCAGGAUCUACAGAUCCACGAUGCCCACAGGAGCCAAAAACUACUCCCAAGCCGAACUGCUACCCUGGAUCAACCGAUCCCCGUUGUCCAAAAGUACAAACAACUACUUCCAAGCCAAGAUGUUAUCCCGGAUCCACUGACCCAGAUUGUCAAAUACUUAUUAAGACAACUCAACCUCCUUCAACAUCCUGUCGUCCCGGUUCUACCGAUUCAAAAUGUCUCAAUUGCUUCCCUGGUUCCCCGGAUCCAAGAUGUCCAAAAGUUCCAACUACUCGAAAGGCAGGAUGUUUUGAGGGCUCAGAUGAUCCAAAAUGUCAACCAGCUACAUACUUGCCCCCAACAUCGCGGACUCCUACUACAAGAAUUCCCGUGACAACAUCGAAGCCAAGGUGCUAUCCUGGCUCAACCGAUCCACGAUGCCCACAGGAACCAAGAACUACUCCAAAAGCGAAUUGCUACCCAGGAUCCACAGAUCCCCGUUGUCCACAAGAACCUAAAACGACUCCAAAGCCCAAUUGUUAUCCUGGAUCCACAGACCCCCGAUGCCCGCAGGAACCUCUGACAACUCCAAAGCCCAAUUGCUACCCAGGAUCCACAGAUCCUCGUUGCCCACAGCAGCCAAAAACGACUCCAAAGCCCAAUUGCUAUCCUGGAUCCACAGACCCCCGAUGCCCGCAGGAACCUCGGACAAGUCCAAAACCGAGUUGCUACCCAGGAUCCACAGACCCUCGUUGCCCACAGGAGCCUAAAACCACACAAAAACCAAGAUGUUAUCCAGGUUCAAAUGAUCCUGAAUGCGUACCUGCUACAUACCUCCCACCAACUACCAGGACACCAGUAACUACUUCAAGGCCCAAUUGUUAUCCGGGGUCAACUGAUCCUCGUUGCCCACAGACGCCUAGAACUACACUCAAGCCUAGAUGUUACCCUGGAUCGAAUGAUCCUGAGUGUGAACCAACCACAUACCUCCCACCAACCACAAGGAUUCCAAUAACGACACCUAAAGCCAAUUGCUAUCCAGGAUCUACAGAUCCACGAUGCCCACAGGAGCCAAAAACUACUCCCAAGCCGAACUGCUACCCUGGAUCGACCGAUUCCCGUUGUCCAAAAGUACAAACAACUACUUCCAAGCCAAGAUGUUAUCCCGGAUCCACUGAUCCAGAUUGUCAAAUACUUAUCAAGACAACUCAACCUCCUUUAACAUCCUGUCGGCCGGGUUCAACCGAUCCGGAUUGUCUCAACUGCUUCCCUGGUUCCCCAGAUCCAAGAUGUCCCAAGGUUCCGACAACUUUAAGACCAGGUUGUUUUGAAGGCUCAGAUGACCCGAAAUGUCAGCCGGCUACUUACCUGCCUCCAACAUCGCGAAAUCCAACUACUAAAAUACCGAUAACAACAGCGAAGCCAAACUGCUACCCAGGAUCCACCGAUUCCCGCUGCCCACAGGUGCCAAGAACCACUCCCAAGCCAAAUUGUUACCCAGGAUCGACAGAUACCCGUUGUCCACAAGAACCUAAGACGACUCCAAAGCCCAACUGCUAUCCUGGAUCCACAGACCCUCGAUGUCCACAGGAACCUCGGACAACUCCAAAGCCCAAUUGCUACCCAGGAUCUACAGAUCCUCGUUGCCCACAGGAGCCUAAAACCACUCAAAAACCAAGAUGUUAUCCAGGUUCAAAUGAUCCUGAAUGUGUACCUGCUACAUACCUCCCACCAACUACCAGGACACCAGUAACUACUUCAAGACCCAAUUGUUAUCCGGGUUCAACUGAUCCACGUUGUCCACAAGUACCCAAGACCACUGCACAGCCGAAUUGCUACCCUGGAUCCACAGAUCCCCGAUGCCCACAGGAGCCAAGGACCACUCAAAAACCAAAUUGCUAUCCAGGAUCUCCGGAUCCGCGAUGUGCUCAUAGCUUAGUUACCACAACAAGUCAACCUGCAACGACUCCUGUUUAUUGCUAUCCAGGGUCCAUUGAUCCUCGUUGUCCUGAUAGUGGAUAUAAGGGCACAAGCCGCAUUCCAGCCACAUACUUGCCUCCUUUGAGUGAUCCAGGCUAUGAUAGGACCAUACGCGAUGCGAGAAGUUUAUUCUUCAAUGAAAUCAACAAAUUGGCCUCCACGAACAACAAUGUCUUUGAACUAGACGAAGAUGAUGAGAGCGAAUUAAAGAGAAGUAAACGUGAUCUUAAUCUGGAUGCCGAAUUAAAUCCCCUCAUAAUUGCUGAUCAAAGCGAUGAUGAUCUAUUAUCGAGGAAGAUUAUGAAGCGUGAAUUCAGUGAACGUCCACCGGAAAAGGAAAUAAUUUCCCUGACUCUCGGCAUACGGACCGGGAUCAAUGUGAAAUAGUCAGAUAGUAUGAAAAUUAUACACUAGAAAUACUCAUCCCUAAACCGAUAUGUAUUUUACU